GCUCCAAUCAGGUCAACAUGGACACAGAUGAUUGGCAAGCACCCACUGAGGCGGAGAUGAAGCUUAUUGAAGCCAGGAGGGAGCGCUCAGAUAAAAUCUCCAAACUCAUGUCAACGUAUUUGCUGAAAGGCUAUAAGAUGUUGGCAACAGUUUGUUCAGAAUGCGAGGUAUGUAUUUGAAGACCAUUAUUUAUUAUACUUAUCAUGGCUUUUUUUGUGAUUAACUGGAUGAGAAAUAAGCUCAAUUUUUUUGACCGCCAUAAUGUCUGAUGCUGGAGAGGGUUCCCCUAUAGAUUGCAAAAUCAAAACAGACUUUCUUCAUUGUAAUGGAGUUCAGAGAUAUUCCAUGUGCUAGUAAUGACAGAAUUGGCUGUAGCGGAGAUGGGAACUUACAAGUCUGAUAUUAAAAAUUUUAGCGCUAAGCUAAAUAGUGACGUUACAGACAAAUUCAUUUGGGAAAGGGUGGAAAUCAAACAGAAAAGACAAAGAUUGGAUCCCAAAGACCUACCCUAAAAGAGAUUCAAAGACAUUUCAGAUUUAAGUUUUGAGUAGCCUAUAUUCUGCAGUAUUAAUUAAUAAAAAAUGGACUUAAAAUAACUUCAUUUGAAAAGGAAUAUUUGAACACAUUUCAUGUCUUCCCCAUUGUAUUUUGUAAUGCAGAAAUUUGAAUAUUGUGAAUGAAAAAAAUUCAGCAAUUUUACAAUUUUCAAUAUAAUACCGUAACAAUUUCUGAAAGAUUAUUGCAUCUAGUUUCUCAUCUCAAAAACUUGAUUUUAUGAUAGUUUGAACAAGUUAUAGAGUAUUAGGUUGGGUUGAAUUCAGAAAUUGAGCAGUAAAAUAUUACUCACACCAUAAAGGUCAAGGUCAAUAUCAAAAUGCAUUAUAUAAAAACAAAUUCUUUUCAUAUCAUAAGAUAUCUUGUCCAAUAAGAAAAGGUAUACUUUUAAUGGACCCUGAAUACAUUUAGUAUUGGAUUUUGUCAUGACAGUUAUAGGGCCAAAGUGUCACAAAUGGUAUUGGACAAGGCCCAUGAUAAAGUUUCUCCCUGUCUUAUGUGGUCUGACAAUCCCUUACCGUAUCUCACUUUGGUACAAAGGCAAGCGGAUCACAUAGUCUUAUUCAUAACACUAAAGUUUUCUACACAUUCCAUGCUUCACCGACACUCACAACAUCAUAAACAUUCAUGGUGAUAGCAUAAUGAUGUUGUUUCAAUUAAUCUUUAUUCCCAAUCUCAGGAAAUAAAAAAAAUUAAAAAAACUAACUAUUUCUGUUUUUUUUGGUAUAUAUGUAUAGACUAUACUAUUACAAGACAGACAGGGGACCAAAUACUGUGUGGCCUGCUCUGAGCUAGACUCUGACACAGACAAAGAUAACCCAGGUGAGUGAACACUGCCUUGUGGCAGGCUGCCUUUGUUAAAAAACAAAAACCUUCCAUUUCAGGAAUUUGAAUAAAGGUGCUUGUUAACAGAGUAAGUUAUAGAUUCCAUUUAUAUGUUGGGUUUGUUAAAAUAUGGGGCAGUACUGGGAAAUUUUGGUUUUAUAAAAGGAAAACAUGCACUUCUAUAUCUGAGCAUUCAAAUAGUCUUUAAUAUUAUGAGAAAGUUUUUAAAUAUCUAUAAAAUUUGAUGAUUUUUGCUAUUAUUGACUGAUCAUUUACUUUUUAUGUUUGUCAUUGUAAGUCAAGAAAGUCAGGAGGUUUGAGUUCAUUUAACAUCUUGUGAAACUGCUCAUUAAUUAAUUAAUCUAUUCAAAAUGUAAACAUAAAAUUCACAAUUUAAUCUUUUUAAAUGGUCUCCUUUUCAUUGGUCUCCCCUUCGCAGUAAUCAAUGAAGCUGCCGCAAUCUCUAUGGCCAGAGAAAUAUCUUCUGCUGCUGGGACUAAAACAAAGGACUUCACAGGAGCGGGAUCACCCACCAGACUGGCUCAGGGUCUGCAUGGUUCUGGUGACACUCUCCACACCGCCUCACCUAAACCACAAAUGCUGCUCACUGGCCCGAGACCAUUUUCUCAGCCAUAUACACUGGGGCAAGUACUUCAAGACCCUUCAGAAUCAGCUUCACAUAAUCUAUCUCCAGAUCAUCAAUCAGCUCCUUGCUCGGUACAAAAAUUGCAGAGCGGUCCAUGUAAAAUCUCGAAUGAAUCUCUGUCCACUCAGUCUCCUGUCACGAGCCUAGGCACACUGUGUGAGAAACUGGAGUGGGCCAGCAAGGAGCUGUCACACACCGACCGUGUGGAGUAUAGCAUUCAACUCUGUCAACUCAUAAAGGCGGCUGCCGAGGCCAUCGUCGCAGUCAGAAAAACUGGGGUUUAGUUGUUCUUAGGUGACUUGAAAAAACUCAUUUUAAAAGAAUUGUUGUAAGUUUGAUUCUCUCUAGUGUUUUUGACAUUACAGCAAGUAUCCACAAAUAAAAAGCUGAACUGUGAAGUCAAUAUUAAUGUAGUUGAAUCAAAUUGGCAAUACCUGGAGAGUGGCUUUUAUCUAUAAUUUUGAAAUUAAUAGAUAAUUAUAGAUAAUUAAAAUAUUUAAACAUCUAGACACAUAUGUGAUAUGGAGUAGGUAAGUCACAGGGAAUUUUAUGUGUGCACAUAUUUUUUUCAUUUAAUAAAUUUAAGCGUUGGAUAAAAAAAAUAAUUGGAAUUUGUGUUAUAAUCCCAAGUGUUUGCAUUGCAAGCUAUAUAUCACUUUUAAUUCUAUACAUUUUAACCAUUUUUUGCUGUCAAGGCAACUUUGACUUAUUUGGCAAGUGUAGGCGCACUUGAAAUUAACCUGCAUGGUCCCCGAGGUGAUUCACAACAGUAACUGGCCAAGCAUGUACCGUUUAUUUAGUAGUAUGCAUUAUUCAUUAAUGUAUUACUGUAUCUGACAUAAACAUGGUUUGACAGGGAAUCACAGUUCACCAAGGCCGGUGAUUUUGUUUCCAGAUGUGUGCACAUAAAUGUUUUGAGAGAUGUCAAAGGGAUCAAUCUGAUAGGUGUGAUUUUUUACUAUAAAUUGAGUGUGUUUAUAUCAAGACUUAACAUUUUGACAUUAUGUGGUGCUAGCCCUCUUAAAAAAAUUAUAUACUUAAAUAUGAAUGUAUUUACCACUGGAUGAAUAGGACAGAUAUUUUUAAGUAUUAUUAUUUGUUUAAUUCCUAUUUGAUAUCAUUAUAAAGCAAAAAUAAAAUGCUCUUUCAAAAAACUGGACUGUUUAAUUUAAGUGAAUUUUACUGUUUCCAAUUUUUAUAUUCUUUAUUUAAUAUAUAU